AUGUCCCAGCCAGAGGCCGAUUUUCGUGCCCAGUUUGGCAACUGGACAUCAAGAAAUAGUACCAGGGGACCUCAAUUGUCCUCCUGGACUGACUACGUCAGAUCAAGCGCAAACGACCUAUAUGAGUCCCUCCCCACAUACAACAACCCAGCAGUGGCUGCUCCACAACAGGAACCCUCAUGGUUUAAAUUGAGCAGAUUCGAGAAAAUUGUUGGUUUUGGAUGCUGCUUAGCGGCUUCCAUCUUCUGCUUCGUCUUCAGUUUCUUCAUGUUCCCCGUGCUUGCACUUAAUCCAAGAAAGUUUGCAUUGCUUUGGACUAUGGGUCCUUUUUAUUCACAUCUUACAAGCCGAGAUAGGGUUGUAUUCUCCGGUAUUUUUUUCGGUUCUGUCUUCCUCACCAUGUACUGUGCUCUCAUUCUCCAGAGUACCAUAUUGACCCUCUUUGCCAGUAUAGUGGAGGUCAUUGCAAUCGCAUACUACAUCAUAAGCUACUUUCCCUUCGGUGCCACUACCUUGACGUGGUUUACAAGCUACAUGGUCGGCUAUUUUGGUGGAUUCUUCUCCGCCUUAUUCUGA